AUGUGUGGCUUGAAUUUAGAAGCGUUCUCCGGGGCGGCCGGCGGGGGUGUUCGUAUAUGUAUGGCUUCAGGGAUAUUAGAUGCGGACAAGAUAAGCAAAGGAAAGAGUAAGUGGGGAGAGGGUAAUAAAGUCUACACGAGAAGAUUCAAAAGGAUCGCCAAGAACACCACCGCCGCUGCCCCCUCCUCCCCAACCGCCACCGACACCGUCACCGUCGCCGCUACAUCUCCGCCUACUACCAGAACCAACACAUCCAAUCCAGCUUCUCCACCCACCGCCACAAACAACGAGCAAAAUCUAGCUACUGAAGACGCGAAUUCGGAACAUCAACAUACUCUAUCGCCGGUAGUAGAGGUAUCAGAUGAUCAUUCGGUUCAAAUUGCCGUGUCCCCAAAUCGGCCCACCGGUAACGGUGUGAUAAAACCGGUUGUUGUUAUUGUCGGCGAUCGGGUUAAGAUUAAUUUAAAAGCGGCGAAGUCUAAGAAUGAGAUUAUCGAGCUUAGAGAGAAGCUGAGAGCCGAGCUUAAUCAUGUCCGACGUGUAUCUCAGAAACUCGAAGAUAAAGAAGCUGAGCUAACCACCUUCUCCGCUGUUCUUGCUGUUCCUGCCGACGUUGAAACUUACAGUCAUUCACAGUAUUCAGGUAAUGAUAUCAUCGAGAGGAGAGCUUUGCUCAGAGUGAAUUCAGAAAUGGGUACUGAUUUUGUGGACAGGAGAGCCUUGAUGAGACUGAAUUCUGAUAUGGGUUCUGCUCCCAAUACUGACCUGAGGCCUUUUAGGCAACUAAAUGUAUCAGUUGUGGAUAACAACAACCAUGGAGUCGGUGAGUUUGUUGAAAAAGAAAAAAGGACACCAAAGGCUAAUCAGUAUUACAGGAAUUCCGAUUUCCUUCUUGGAAAAGACAGAUUACCACCUGAAACCAACAAGAGGCAGAAAGCUAAUGGCGGAAGAAAACACAGCAAGGAAUCAGAUUAUUCUUCUGGACAUGAAAGACACAGGAAUCAGAUGUUCAAGAGCUGCAACAAUUUGCUUCAGAGGUUGAUGAAGCACAAACAUGGUUGGGUGUUUAACGAACCUGUUAAUGCAAAGCUUCUUGGACUCCAUGAUUACCAUGACAUAAUCAAACACCCGAUGGAUUUUGGCACAAUUAAGAGUCGACUUGCUCAAAACUUCUACAAGUCUCCAAUGGAGUUUGCAGAGGAUGUGAGGCUGACUUUUUACAACGCCAUGACAUAUAAUCCAAAAGGACAAGAUGUACAUGUUAUGGCAGAACAAUUAUCAAAUAUAUUUGAAGAAAGGUGGUCAGUGAUUGAAUCCGAAUCAAACCCAGAUUGGAGAUAUGGAAUGAUUUAUGAUGCAAACACUCCAACUCCAACAAGCAGAACACCCACUUCAAGAAAAGCUCCUCAUUUUUCACAUGCUCCAUCAAGAACACUGUACAGGUCAGAAUCCAUGUCUUUACCUUUCAUGAAUCGGCCAAAACCCAAAAUUGCCCCUCCAAGUAGGACACCAGCACCCAAGAAACCCAAAGCUAAAGAUCCCAACAAGAGGAACAUGACAUAUGAAGAGAAGCAAAAACUGAGUACAAAUCUUCAAAGCCUCCCUUCCGAAAAGCUCGACAACAUUGUCCAAAUCAUCAAAAAGAAGAACACUUCACUUUCUCAACAUGAUGAUGAGAUUGAAGUUGAUAUCGAUAGUGUUGAUAUAGAAACUCUAUGGGAACUCGAUAGGUUUGUCACAAAUUACAAAAAGAGUUUGAGUAAACACAGAAGGAGAGCUGAACUUGCUCAACAAGCUAAUCGGACUGUGUUACAAAACCCUAACCCUGUGACAUCCACUAUGGAGGCCCCAAAAGAAAAUAAUAAAACAAGAGGUGAGAAGAGCAUUGCUGGAAUGAUUCUGGAUCAUCUUCAAGUGAUUCAGAUAGUGAUAGUUCAUCUGAAGAUGGAUCGGAUGCAGGUCAUUCACCUACAAGUUGAAUGGCAUAGAUUAAGAUUUUCAUCAACAACUCAACUGACAGGUGUCCUAAGUCCUAACAAAGAAAAAGAAAAAGAAAAAGUUUUAAUUGGCGGAGAUUGUUGAUUGUUGAUUUGUAAUUAAAGAUGGUGCCUUGCCUUUUUUUUUUUUAAUUAGCAAGUAGAAAGUAGUAAGCAGGGUGUAAUGAUAUAAGAGUUGGAUUGUGGGCCAUGCGAUCAAAAUCAACAAAAAAUAUAUAAGUUGCCGAAUAGGUUUUGAAUUUGGAUUGGAUUGGGUAAACCACAAAUGCAAUUGUGCUUUUUUGCUCAUUCGUUGUGUAUUAUCUCCCACCUCCCUUUUCUCUCUCAUAAGUUGUUUAAGUUGGAGGAAAUGAAAACUCUAGUGUAGCCAAGCCAUGACAUGUAUAGUUUUGGGUUUUGCUUGUUAGUAGUGAAUUAGAUGUUCUGUUGUUCUUUCUUUAAGCAUAAUUAGUUACAGUUUCAAUAAGUUUAAAGAUUUUGAUAUUAUGCGUAAAUCCCAUAUUUGCCAGAGACGACUUUGUUAAACUUGCAAAAUUAAUGGGGUUUGAAUCCUCCUUUUGCUUUAGAACAAGGAUUGUUGCUAUAAAAGCCCUUAUGUUUACAUGUGUGCGUUAUGCCCUAAUUUUUAUUUUUAUGUUUAUUAAUGCUUCUAUUUCCCUAUGUAUUUUUUUCCAUUUUAACUGGUCAUCAUUAUUGUCAUAGAG